UCACAUCGAGGCUCCUAUCUCGCUCGUUGCCUGUCUGUCGCAUUUCCUCAAGAGCCAGCCGAGGGUCUCCCAGGGUCGAAGGUUCUGCCCUGCUAGCCACGACCUCCACCUCUCAAGACCGCGAAAUUGUCUGCGUUAUCUAUGGGACCGUGUUUUUGAAAACAUAGAGGGUUAACCCGGAGCAGUUAUCGGCGGAAGGAAGGAACUCGCCUCCCGUUUGGCAGGAAAAUCGUUGGGAAAAAAUAACGAGGCAGGCACAAAGCGUAGUACAGAUUUUGGCCAGUUGUCCAGAGGUCCAGUGGGUCUGAGUUGGUGAGCUGAGCGGGGCCGUUCUGAAUGAUGCCUGCUUCCUAGAAUGGUCCUGGAUCCUGGUAAACUAACUGCCCAUGUCCCUAGCAGUGGAGCCAUGGCUCACAGAAACCCCCCCUCUCAGGGCAAGGUGACCAUCACUGUGGACGAGUACAGCUCCAACCCCACACAGGCCUUCACCCACUACAACAUCAACGAGAGCCGCUUCCAACCACCCCAUGUCCACAUGGUGGAGCCCAUUCACUAUGACACCCCUAAACCCUCCGGUCAUACACGUUUCGUCUGUGUGUCGGACACACACUCCAGGACCGAUGGGAUCCAGAUGCCAUAUGGUGACGUCCUGCUCCAUACUGGAGACUUCACUGAACUGGGCCUACCCUCUGAGGUCAAGAAAUUCAACGACUGGCUAGGGAGUCUACCGUAUGAAUUCAAGGUGGUGAUCGCCGGGAACCAUGAACUGACGUUUGACAAGGACUUCAUGGCUGAGCUGGUCAAGCAGGAUUACUAUCGCUUUCCCUCCGUCUCCAAGCUGAGACCUGAGGACUUUGAUGAUGUUCAGGCCCUCCUCUCAAACUGUACUUACCUGCAGGACUCUGAGGUCACAGUCAAGGGAUUCCGAAUAUACGGGGCACCGUGGACGCCGUGGUUUAAUGGCUGGGGUUUUAACCUUCCCCGCGGUCAGUCUCUACUGGACAAGUGGAAUCAGGUUCCAGAGGGUAUAGAUGUUCUCAUGACCCAUGGACCUCCCCUCGGUUUCCGUGACUGGGUCCCCAAGGAGCUCCAAAGAGUGGGCUGUGUGGAGCUGCUGAACACAGUACAGCAGAGGGUCCGACCCAAGCUCCACGCCUUCGGGGGCAUCCACGAGGGGUACGGCAUUAUGACGGAUGGAUGCACAACUUUCAUCAACUCCUCCACCUGUACAGCCAGUUUCCAGCCCACCAACCCCCCCAUCGUAUUUGACCUGCCCAACCCAUAGAGCAUCGGAAAUAAACCAGCAUUUUUUUAAAUCAAAUGAGUUGUGCUAAAUGUUCAUCUUCAAGAUAUUUGUCUUUUGUAAAAAUGCUUGUAAAAAUGCAUGAAAAUCUGAUUCUGGUAAUGAAAUGAUGAUCUUUGUAAAAUGUUUCAUAUUUUCCAUUUGUUUGCAUUUGCUGCGUUAACUGGUUUUCUGUGCCAUUUGUCAUUUUCUUUGUUUCCCCUCUCAAGACGUAUAAGCUUUUUGUCUGUCAGGCAAGUACACUGCCUGACAGUAACGGUACCCUCUACAUCAGCAAUACUUGACCUCAUGAUAGAACAUGCAUUUGGCAUUGUAACUUAAGUUAUUUGGUCUCUGUUAAAGGCCUGUGUGUUGUUGAAAAUGAAACAUUUGAAAUAUAUGAAACGUAUCCAAUUAUUAUAUACAGUAGUCCCUUGGGCUCUCACAUUUGUUUUGGAAAUGUAUGUACAGGUGCUUCAUCUCCCUUGAUCUGGGGUGCGUUCAGCAGGACGCAACAGAUUAUGUAUAUUCUCAAAUGUCCCCAUCUUCCAUGGAGUACAUGUGAGUUGGUGUUUGUGUGAAUUUAAAUAGGCCCACUACAGCCUUUCAACAAUGUAUGUUAUAUGCUAUUCAUAGCACACAUGCAUUUAACUCAUUUUUAUAUUUUUAUCGAUAUUCAACAAACAGCUGGUUAAAUUAUAUUUCACAACUGCCUAAGCAAAAGUGAGAUGUCCCCUAAAGUACGGUAAUAAGAAUUUUGCUAAUUAUUUUUGUUUUGUUGCACAGUGUGAAAAUGCAAUCUUGCUAGCACAAAAAAGUUGCCAACGGUAGUCUUCUGUCAUUGUAAAUGCCUGUUUAGUUUCCUGGUUUAUGAAACUUUUUUUUACUUGUGAUACAUUUAGUUGCCUUUAUAUGCAAAUAAAAUUGCGAUAUUUGUACCUGUUGAAAAGCUAUACAGUUUUGUUUAUUUUAUCUUACAUACUGUAGCAGUGGAGCA